AUGGCAUCUUUGCUGUCAAUCGACAAGGUAGUUUACGAAUGUAGUUGUGGAGAAUGGAGCAGCUUGAAUCGCCUUUAUUUCUGUAGGCACUGUUCGAGGCUCAGGUGUAUAUACUGCGUAAGCGUUGAAAUGGAUAGUAUGUAUUGUCCGACAUGUCUUGACAGUGUGUCUACGGGGGAGGCGCGAUUGAAAAGAAAUCGGUGCCCAAAUUGUUUCCAGUGUCCGUUAUGCGGUGUUGGUUUGUCGAUGAAGGCCUCUAAAAAUAUUUUUAAUUUUUUCUGCACAACGUGUCGAUGGUCAGCUUCAUUGCCAUCCUUACCAGAUGGUGGUUGGCCAGAAGCUUGCAAGGAAGAUGAGAAGAAGCUUGGGUCGUUUCUAGAAAACAUGCAGAAUUUAGCAACGGCUGAAAAAACGGAUCGUGAAAGACACAAAUACACGAAAAGGCGUUCAAAUUUGGGCGGUGUAUUUUCGGAUCGAUUUGGUUUGCAGUCAAUCUAUAAUCGUCGUAAAGCUGCCCUUUUUGGACUUGUCAAUGAAAAUAAGGUUGAAAGUUUACAACCAACUGAUGACGUCCCUGCUUUAGAUCUCGCUGAAAUUCUUGCUGAUAGCGGUGACAUAUCUCUUGUACCGACACUUGAGCAACAAAUAAGACAACCACUUUUGAUUUACAACAACUUGUUGCCGAUAAAAACGUCUCUUCUUGGGAGGAAAGGCGUACGGUGCAGGCAGUGUGAACAUAGUUUGUGCAAAAACGAGUACAAUCCUAGCUCAGUAAAGUUCAAAAUACAGGUUCUAGCAAGUCAUUACGUACCAGAAGUUCGCAUUUCAAGCGUUCCAAAAAUGCAGUAUGGAGAAUGGUCUCCGAUUUAUCUCAGUGUUCUAAAUUUUUCUGCUAGCACUUUGCAUCUGACUUUGUCCCCUGACGAAACAAGUGACGAGCAUUUUGUCAAGUGCGAAAACUUCAGUAUUGACUUGUCAGUGCCUAAUCGGGAUGAGACUGCCGAGAUGGAUGAGCCAGUGCAGGCAGCAGUUGAUCUUAGACAGUAA